AUGUCGCAUCCCGCCGAGUACGCAAUAUUCGGAAUCCUCCUUCUAGCGACCAUAGGCCCUGGACUGUUCUUCUCUCUUAGAAGAACCGGCCACCAGACUCUCGAUGAAGUAUUCCUGGGAAGCCGGACUCUGGCGGCAAUACCGCUGGCCCUAUCUGCUCUGGCGUCUCUUCUGUCAUCGGCGGGCCUCAUCGCCUUCACUGCCCACUACUACGCGUACGGAAUCCACAUGGCCUGGUCUUUCAUCACGGUCCAGUUUUGUCUCCCAUUCACAGUUCACAUCAUCGUUCCAGUGCUCUACCGACUAAAGAUCACCUCCCUUUUCGAGUACCUGCGUGCUCGCUACGGAAGAAAAAUCUCCCUUACGGCCUGCACAAUUUACUUCAUCCUAACGCAAAGCCUUGGAGCGGUGGCAAUAUUCUCAGCGGCAAUGGCGGUCGCAACAAUCUUUCAGGUACCUUUCAUCUGGUGCUGCCUUGCCAUCGGAUUCACGGGCACGUUCUACACUGCACUGGGAGGCUUGAGGGGCGUAGUGUGGACGGAUUGCGUGCAAGGUGUGAUCACAAUAGUCGCCCCUAUCACCAUUAUUGUGAAGAUCCUUUACGACUCGAACUCCGGCCAUUUCAAGCUUCGUCCUUUGAAUGAUAUCAACCUACGAGCAUACCUUUUUGAUGCCAGCCUUGACUUUACUAAGGAUGAAAAUGUGUGGUCAUGUCUCAUCGGCGUCGCCGCGGGAAACCUCUAUCGCACCGGCCUUGACCAGAUGAUUGUCCAAAGGUACAUGGCAUCAAGAACUCUAGAAGACGCUAAAAGGACAGCCCGUGCUGGAAUCGUGAUGUUGACCGGUUACUAUAUCAUACACAUACUUAUGUCAUUAUUACUCAUAUACUGGUUUCGUGAUUGUGACCCUCAGCUUACAGGAGCCAUCAAGCGGAUAGAUCAGCUCCUUCCUUACUACAUCAAGAGGCACUUGUCAGAAUUUACAGGAUUUUCAGGCCUUUUCCUGGCCGGAGCAGUCAGCGCGAGUACAAGCACCAUAUCAUCAAUCAUAAACUCCCAAGCUGUCGUUCUCUAUAUUGACGUGGUGUCGCAGUAUUUCGUUCUGGCGGAUGUUCAGGCUACACGAAUCACAAAAGUAUUAGCCUUUGUCAUAGGCAUCAUAAUGACCCUCUUCAGUAUCGUCAUACCUUACCUUGGCUCUGCGACCAGGAUUCUUCUCAUGGUUAGCAGCGCCGUCUCUGGACCAUUUGUUGGACUGUUUCUGUCGGCCUUGAUGUUUCCCUGCGUCAACAGCAAGGGAGCCGGUGUAGCCACACUCCUGACGACUACCUUCCAAUUGUGGCAUAUGAGUGAAAAAUUACGCCUUGGAGUUCGUCCACCUCGAAUGCCGGUAACCAUGGAUUACUGUCCCGGAAAUAUUACAAGAGCAAUGAAUAUUAGUAGCAAUGCUUUCUUCCAGACACCAAGGACGUGA